UGUGCUCUUGUAGGUUUGACGGUUCUACCAGCUCUAGUUUUUGUGUGUGAAAAUUCUGCGAAAAAUAUUCUGUUCAGAGUUUUUUGGACAACAAUCCCGCGAAGCGUCUUAACUUUCGUUGUUGUGCCGCUCAGCUUAUUGCAACUGGCCAGUUGCGUUUGUGGAUUCGUAAACGCAACGCAGACUAUGAAUUAAAAGCUGCACAAAACGAACUGUCGCGUCGCAUUACGUUUCAGUGUUGCCAACUUUUUCAGAGUGCCGGGAACCUUUGCCAGCCAAAACGGACGCUUUGCAGACGAGAUGUGCAAGCCGUUGGAUUGAUUUAUAUGCCCUUUCGAUUGGGUGCGCUCCAGAUACUCCGAUCUUUGGUCUUCUCCCUCUAAAUUGGGCAGAAGAACACCGGCGAACGGACGGAUUCUAGCCGGAAAACGGUCAGGCUGGCAACACUGCCGGGGAACAAAAUGAAGUGAAUCUCGGAAAAAGGCAUAGAAGCUAUUGGAAAAGCCAGACGAAAGCCAGGCGAUAAAUGUGCAAAUGCGAGUGGCCAGCGAAGACCUUUGUUUCCCGUUCCAUGACGUUUUGUUGAGUUGCCCGCUGCUCUGAGUGGUUGUCAUUUUUGGUCAUCAUCAUUACCAUCAUUGGCAUCAUCAACGGAGGUCGUCGUCGUUAAGCCACCCACCACCCACAAACACCCACCAGCAAAACGGCCUUGAGGGAACUCGACCGCAGCAUCUUGUCAUCCAAUACUUGAUCUUCGAUUUGGUUUGCGCAUCCCAUCGCACAGUUCAGUUAUGUCAUCCACCGCCGGCAAACGCAAGGAGAUCUACAAGUAUCUCGCACCAUGGCCACUGUACUCCAUGAACUGGAGUGUCCGGCCGGACAAGCGAUUUCGGCUCGCACUGGGCAGCUUCAUCGAGGAGUACAACAACAAGGUGCAGAUCAUCAGCCUGGACGAGGACACCAGCGAAUUUAGUGCCAAGAGCACCUUUGACCAUCCAUACCCGACAACCAAGAUCAUGUGGAUCCCAGACUCCAAAGGCGUCUAUCCGGACCUGUUGGCCACCAGCGGCGACUAUCUGAGAGUGUGGCGUGCCGGCGAACCGGACACGCGGCUCGAGUGCGUGCUGAACAACAACAAGAACAGCGACUUCUGCGCUCCUCUGACCUCGUUCGAUUGGAACGAAGUGGAUCCCAACCUGGUGGGCACCUCCUCGAUAGACACCACCUGCACCAUCUGGGGACUGGAGACCGGACAGCCGCACGCCCGGGUCUAUGUGGCGGGACACGUGAAAACACAGCUGAUUGCCCACGACAAGGAGGUCUACGACAUUGCCUUCUCGAGGGCAGGCGGCGGUCGAGACAUGUUUGCCUCUGUUGGAGCGGAUGGAUCGGUGCGCAUGUUCGAUCUGCGGCAUCUGGAGCACUCGACCAUUAUCUACGAGGAUCCUGCCCACACGGCGCUGUUGCGCUUGGCCUGGAACAAACAGGACCCGAACUAUUUAGCCACUGUUGCCAUGGACUCGUGCGAAGUUAUAAUUUUAGAUGUUCGUGUUCCUUGUACACCCGUUGCAAGACUGAGCAAUCACAGAGCGUGCGUCAACGGUAUUGCGUGGGCGCCGCAUAGUUCCUGUCACAUCUGCACUGCCGGUGAUGAUCACCAAGCACUGAUCUGGGAUAUACAACAAAUGCCACGUGCAAUCGAGGAUCCAAUUUUAGCCUAUACAGCUGCCGAGGGCGAAGUCAAUCAGAUCCAGUGGGGCGCCACACAGCCCGACUGGAUAGCCAUUUGCUACAACAAAGCGUGCGAGAUCCUGCGGGUCUAAGAGUCAAAUUUUUGGUCUGGCCCUGGCUGUAGCACAUGGCUGCACUUGCUGAACAACGCACAGUCGAAAAGCAAAUAGAAAAGCCAGUAAAAACACACACACUACACCCACAAAAACACACACAUUUGCUGUUGGUAAUUUGGAGGCGGUUAAGCGGAAAGGAGUGAGCUUAAGUUGGAUCGGUUCUGUCAACACGCUUCCGCAGUUUGUUUAAUUUUAUUGUCUAACAAGAGAGAAAGAGAAAGGAGAAGGUCGAAGUAACGAAGAGAGGGCUUGGGAGAGAGGGAGAGAUAUAAGGAAAUCGAGGGAGAGGGAAAAUGUAUUUUAGAAUUCAUAGCUUAGUUGAUUAUACAAGUAUGUAAGUCAAGUCUAUAAGGUAUAACCAAAAUAUGUAUUUCUAAUUGUAGUUUAUUUCACACUUGACAAGACCCCCCACCCCUGCAAACUUCAACCGACUUGAGGCGCUUUAUUUAAUUUAAAUUGAACUUGAUUAUACAAACCCAAGUGGAAUAGAAAGAAGCAUGAAUGAGAAAAAAACAUAUACAUUAAAAGAAAAACAAUGUCCUACCUCGUUUUUUCAACCAUAAAUGUUUUUGAGUCUGGCCAAAACAGCAACCGCAGCAGCCACAGCAAUACACAGAAAGAAAAAAGAGAGGGCAAGAAAAUAGACAGCAACAACGCUUUUUCGAAAUAUUUUUACUUUGUUCCAUUUUUGUAUGAGAACCAAAAACCAAAAACGAAAAACAAAAACCAACAAAAAACAAGAGAGAAAUAAAAACAAAAGCAAAACCAUGGACUUAAGCGAAUGCAAAACAAACAAAAUACGAAAUGAAUUAAAUAAAUAAGCGAAAAUACUUACAUAUAUUACAGAAUAAAGGCGAAACAAAAAGAAACGGAAGACAAACUGCACACAACACAGCUAGAAACAAUACUAUUUAAAGAUACAAACUAAAAGCAAAAGCAAAAGCAAAAACAAAUACCGAAAUAUAUGAGCGAGAGAGAAUACAAGAUUGUUGCUAUAUCCAUUUAACAAACGAACGAAAGAAAAACAAACAAACAAACUAUGAUCAUUUCAAACCCUCCAUAAAUAAUCUCAAAUCCCAACCACAUCCAAUACUUUCCACAGGACAAAAGCGACUUUUCCAGAUCAAAUCGAAUCAAUUUUUUUAUGUAUCUUGUAAUUUAUAGCGAUUUCACAACUUAUAUAUAAAGUUAUAUAUAUACAGAAACAGAAACAGAAAGCAGUACCGAUAAUCCCGAUGAUCAUGUAUUGUAAAUACAGCAUGAAAGGCAAACUUUUUAACAAACAACCAGAACAACAAUCAGAAGCCGUAAAACUUUUGAACAAGACUUAGGCCCUGAUUUUGUAUAGCCAUUUAAGAGGCCUCCCAAACCCAAACCCAAAUCACCACUCAAAAAUCUAAAUACUCCCCACAAGAAGUUCGCCACGAGAAGAAGAGGUAGAAGAACCGAAAUCGAAUUGAAUCCUUUUGAUAUUUUGUACGUUUGUAGACAUCGAUUAGAGGCAUUCUCAUUGUUUCGGCAUAACACGGUUUCCGUAAAAAAAAACAUCAACAAAAGCGAAAAAACAAAGUUAGGAUAUGAUGUACUCCAGUUUCUUUCUCUUCAUUUGUUCUAUUUAUUGUAUUAUCCGAUUUACGUUAUAUUGCCAUGUAACUACAUUUAUAUAUGUAAUGUAUAUGUACACAGGACACUCUCACAAACACACACAAGCGCGUAUAUAUAGACAUCCGAUCAGGCUGAAGAGGUUACUAGAAAGCUAAUUGAUUGAUCGUUGGAUGGAUCACAAAAACCAAACAAAACAAAAGGACGACGAGGAGCUGGAGAAAACAAACCAAAACAGACAAAUAUUUAAAUAAACCAUUUUUAAAUAAUGAA